GCUCAUCUCUUUCCUUCGAAAUUGUGAAAUGGAAAUAAGGAUUCAAUUUGAGAGCCCGACGUUUUUGGUUUAUUUCAAUUUUCAAUUUCCUAUAAUUUUUUUAAUUAAAUUUAGUGGCCGAAUGGCAAAAACCGGACGAGCGGCUCGAUCGGCUCGAACGGUUAACCACCUCGGCCGCUUGCCAACCGCUACAUAAAACCGGAGCGGCUUUUAGACUGUUCCGAGCCGGUUUUGUGACCGGGUGGCGGUUUUACCGGUCGGGCCGAGCGGCUCGGCUCGGCUUUAAUAACACUGAUAAAUACCCAUAGAUGGGCUACAUUGAUGGUAACUUCUACCUACUCCUUUCUCUCUCUUAUUUACAACUCCCUCACUUUUCUCUCUAAUUUAAGCAUUGGAGGAGGUCCCAGGAGCCCUCCUGUGGACCUUUUUCGCAGGGUUUCAGAGACCGCCUUUGACCAUCGAAAGCCGCCCAAAGCCAGUGAAAUCUCACAAAUCUGCCUGGAACGAUCCAGGUACAAACAUUUUUGGUACCUGCUGUGAUUUGGUAUGGGACAAAGUGAUUAUUAGGGAAGAUAUUAUUAAGUAACAAAACAACUGUCCUUAAGCUAAGCAGCGGCUCCCUCCUUGAGACUUAUUAAAGCGACGGCCCAUUGGUUUUGUUUUAGGAGUUCUUUUUUGACCUUGGCGAAGUUGUUUCUGACCUUUUCCUUUCCUGAGGGCGUCCCCCCACUUUUCCACUUUGGCAUCCAUUCCUCCUCACUAUUUUCCACGUCUACACACAAUAAUAAUCAGCUAACAAAAAAACAUGUAUAGGAGACAAUAAUAUAACGAACCCCUCUCCACCUACGCAGCCGAGGCACGUGCGUUACACCUAACCCAUCCCGGCACUAACCGAACCAACUCCUCCCUCCCGCCCACGCGCGCGGAUCAGUAGCCGCCAAGCCAACAGGUUCGCGCUCGGUAACCCACGCCACGCGCCACGUGUGUCGCUUUCUUUUUCCUACUUACUCCUUCCCCACGACAGGAAUUUGAUUGCCUGCCAGAGUAUCAUGCACCUAGGUUGCCACAGUGGCUUAAUUUUUGGUGCGUUUAAGAGAUUGUAGUGGUGCUUUCUCCUCGUAAAUUGAACGUACAAGCUACAAUUACGUUUCACAAAAGAGGAAAGAGAUGAGUAUGAAAGGUUCACAUGCAACCUAUCUUUCGGGGAUUAAAUACACAUAUUGUAGCUUUGCUGUCGUUUUUUUUUUUCAUUUGUGAUGCACUUUUUGUGCUCUUGGUUAUAUUAAUAAAUUUCACCUUCAUAAAAAAAUAAACACAAUUUAAUAUCCAAACCUUUUCAUUUUAAACAAUAUAAUAGCCAAAUUUUUUCGAAAACAAUCUAAUAUCCAAAUCGUCAACUUUCCGUCCGUUUGACUGUUAGUUAACACUUCAAAAAAGCUUUGUUUAGAGAAAAUUGUCACAAUACAACUUUGUUUUCUUGUUUUGGCAUUGCAUAUGACUGAAUAUUAGAUAUUCUAUACUAUCAUGGUGGAUUCAUGGACUUCACGGGUUCGGAACCACGAUAUGUUGGUGGUUUUUCAUAGAAGAUAUCGAUGAAGUGUCGUACUUCAAACUUUUUUGAAGUGUCAACUAACGGUCAAACGGACGAAAAAUUGACGAUUUGGAUAUUAGAUUGUUUUCGAAAAUGUUUGACUAUUAUAUUGUUUAAAAUAAAAGGUUUGAAUAUUAAAUUGUAUUUGUCCUUAAACAUAAAAAGGACAAUCAACUUGAUUUAUAUUGAAAAAAUUGAAAUUUGUAACGACUAACACUGAAUCCAAGUACAAUUGGGUUCACCUCUGCUAUAAUACUUAACCUUGAAUUGGCAAUUUAUGGGCAACUCGAGUAGAAAGGCACACAGACAGCUUCCGUGGCGGUAGUGUAGAGGAACCGGGCCGCUUCCCCUUUUCCCACCGUUUCUCACUAUCGGAUCGGUCGUUUUAUUACUAAUUUUUCUCUCUCGACCUAACAAAAAGGCAAGGGCCAUCCAGCAAACACAAAAAGGACCAAAGUGGGCAUAUUCUGAGGAGGGCAGGGCAGCAACCGGAAUUCGAUCGAAAGGGCAAAAAAAACUUCCCUUCUUCUUCCUCCUUCGUCGGCUUCACGCUUCUCCUUGCUUCUUCUCCCUUUUCCCCUCGCAUCGAUCGCUCUCUCCCAGCUCGCUCAAACUCGGCCAAGAUGCAUUCCAGCCACCUGCUUCUCGAGGAGCCCAUUCGCAUGGCGUCAAUCCUCGAGUCUUCCAAGUCUAGCUUCUUCCCGGCAAUGACUAAGAUUGUUGGGACUCUCGGCCCCAACUCGCGAUCGACGGAGAUGAUUGCGGGCUGCCUCACGGCUGGAAUGUCGGUGGCUCGAUUCGAUUUCUCCUGGGGCGACGCUGAGUAUCACCAGCAGACUUUGGAGAACCUGAAAGCUGCCAUCAAGAGCACCAGGAAGCUCUGCGCGGUUAUGCUCGAUACGGUGGGUCCUGAGUUGCAGGUUCUUAACAGAAGUGAACAACCCAUUUCACUCCUGCAAGAUGGUCUUGUCAUCCUGACACCUGAUAAGGAACAGAAUGCCUCAUCAGAAAUAUUGCCCAUUAACUUUGAUGGGUUAGCCAAGGCUGUGAAACCUGGAGAUACCAUAUUUGUUGGUCAAUAUCUCUUCACUGGCAGUGAAACUACUUCUGUGUGGCUGGAGGUUUCUGAGGUCAAAGGAGAAGAUGUGGUAUGUGUGAUUAAAAAUACCGCUACAUUGGCAGGGUCGUUGUUCACUCUGCAUGCUUCUCAAAUCCGUAUUGAACUACCUACCCUUUCCGAAAAGGAUAAGGAGGUUAUUAGUGCCUGGGGAGUGCCAAAUAAAAUCGACUUUCUUUCAUUAUCUUAUACACGACAUGCCGAAGAUGUCCGUCAGGCCCGUGAAUACCUCUCUAAGCUAGGCGACCUGAGCCAAACUCAAAUCUUCGCUAAGAUUGAGAAUGUUGAGGGAUUGACGCAUUUUGAUGAGAUAUUACAAGAGGCUGAUGGCAUUAUUCUUUCCCGAGGGAACCUGGGCAUAGAUCUGCCCCCUGAGAAGGUGUUCUUGUUUCAGAAAGCUGCCCUUUACAAGUGCAACAUGGCUGGCAAGCCUGCUGUGGUCACCCGUGUUGUAGACACUAUGACAAACAAUUUGAGGCCAACUCGUGCUGAAGCUACUGAUGUUGCCAAUGCUGUUCUAGAUGGGAGUGACGCAAUUCUUCUUGGUGCUGAAACUCUUCGUGGGAUAUAUCCUGUGGAAACCAUUUCUACUGUUGGCAGAAUUUGUUGUGAGGCAGAGAAGGUUUUUAAUCAGGAUGUCUAUUUCAAGAAAACUGUCAAAUAUGUUGGAGAGCCAAUGACUCACUUAGAAUCUAUUGCCUCCUCUGCGGUUCGAGCAGCCAUCAAGGUGAAGGCCUCUGUCAUCAUAUGCUUCACAUCAUCAGGAAGGGCCGCUAGACUGAUUGCCAAGUAUAGACCAACGAUGCCAGUCAUCUCUGUUGUUAUCCCCAGACUCAAGACAAACCAACUGAAGUGGAGUUUCAGUGGUGCUUUUGAGGCAAGGCAAUCGCUUAUAGUUCGAGGUCUCUUCCCAAUGCUCGCUGAUCCGAGACACCACGCUGAAUCAACGAGUGCCACAAAUGAAUCAGUCCUGAAGGUUGCUUUGGACCACGGGAAGGCCUCAGGCGUGAUCAAGUCCCACGACAGAGUAGUCGUCUGCCAGAAAGUCGGAGACGCGUCGGUGGUUAAGAUCAUCGAGCUUGAAGAUUAGAGGCGAAGACACAAUGGGCAAGAUUUUCCCCCCUCCCUACAUGUAAGACCAACUAUAUAAGGAAGUGGGUGGCAAGGGUUUAUGAUAUUAUUACGCACUCACUGCGGAGGGUGUGAAAGCCUCCAGUUUUUUUGGGAGUAUUUUGAUUCUUGGUUUUGAGAUUGUAUCAAGGAAACAAAAUACACUGAGCAAUCUGUUUUAGUUCAGCUUAUAAACUAAUGGUAGGGGGAAAUUGGGGAGAUCUUGACUUAGUGGCUGUGAAAAAGUUUCAUUGUUUUAUGCAUAGUAGCCGUCGAAGUAUCUAAAUGGGUAUAAAUGCUAAUUCUUCUU